AUGACGUUCCAAGAAUACUCAACAAUGCUUCACCGAGCAGCCAUUCCUCCUAAGACCCAAAACCUCAGGGGCACAAACAAAGCAAUCAGCAUCCUCAGGGGCACAAACAAAGCAAUCAGCAGCCUCAGGGCACAAAGUAAGCAAUCAACAGCCUCAGGGGCACAAAGCAGCCUCAGGGUAAGCAGGGGCACAAAACAAAGCAAUCAGCAGCCUCAGGGCACAAAGCAAUCAGCAGCCUCAGGGCACAAACAAAGCAAUCAGCAGCCUCAGGGGCACAAAGUAAGCAAUCAACAGCCUCAGGGGCACAAACAAAGCAAUCAGCAGCCUCAGGGCACAAAGCAAAGCAAUCAGCAGCCUCAGGGCACAAAACAAAGCAAUAAGCAAUCAACAGCCUCAGGGGCACAAACAAAGCAAUCAGCAGCCUCAGGGCACAAAGGGGCACAAAGCAAUCAGCACAGCCUCAGGGGGCACAAACAAAGCACAAACAAAGCAAUCAGCAGCCUCAGGGGCACAAAAGCAAUAAGCAAUCAGCACAGCACAAACAAAGCAAUCAGCAGCCUCAGGGCACAAACAAAGCAAUCAGCAGCCUCAGGGCACAAACAAAGCAAUCAGCAGCCUCAGGGGCACAAAGUAAGCAAUCAACAGCCUCAGGGACACAAAGUAAGCAAUCAGCAGCCUCAGGGGCAAUCAGCAGCCUCAGGGGCACAAACUAAGCAAUCAGCAGCCUCAGGGGCACAAAGUAAGCAAUCAGCAGCCUCAGGGACACAAACCUCAGGGGCACAAACAAAGCAAUCAGCAGCCUCAGGGCACAAACAAAGCAAUCAGCAGCCUCAGGGGCAAUCAAAGCCUCAGGGCACAAACAAAGCAAUCAGCAGCCUCAGGGCACAAACAAAGCAAUCAGCAGCCUCAGGGCACAAACUAAGCAAUCAACAGCCUCAGGGCACAAACAAAGCAAUCAGCAGCCUCAGGGCACAAACAAAGCAAUCAGCAGCCUCAGGGCACAAACAAAGCAAUCAAAGCCUCAGGGCACAAACAAAGCAAUCAGCAGCCUCAGGGGCACAAACACAAAGCAAGCCUCAGGGCACAAACAAAGCAAUCAGCAUCCUCAGGGCACAAAACAAAGCAAUCAGCAGCCUCAGGGCACAAACAAAGCAAUCAGCAGCCUCAGGGCACAAACAAAGCAAUCAGCAGCCUCAGGGCACAACAAAGCACAAAGGGCACAAAGCAAUCAGCAGCCUCAGGGCACAAACAAAGCAAUCAGCAGCCUCAGGGCACAAACAAAGCAAUCAGCAGCCUCAGGGCACAAAACAAAGCAAUCAGCAGCCUCAGGGGCACAAAACAAAGCAAUCAGCAGCCUCAGGGCACAAAACAAAGCAAUCAGCAGCCUCAGGGGCACAAACAAAGCAAUCAGCAGCCUCAGGGGCACAAACAAAGCAAUCAGCAGCCUCAGGGCACAAAACAAAGCAAUCAGCAGCCUCAGGGCACAAACAAAGCAAUCAGCAGCCUCAGGGCACAAAACAAAGCAAUCAGCAGCCUCAGGGCACAAAACAAAGCAAUCAGCAGCCUCAGGGCACAAACAAAGCAAUCAGCAGCCUCAGGGCACAAAACAAAGCAAUCAGCAGCCUCAGGGGCACAAACAAAGCAAUCAGCAGCCUCAGGGGCACAAACAAAGCAAUCAGCAGCCUCAGGGGCACAAAACAAAGCAAUCAGCAGCCUCAGGGCACAAACAAAGCCAUAUUCAGGUCUCGAACAAAGGACUAA